AUGUCUGAUCAAGACGUUUCCACAGAGCAUCUGUCGGCUAUUCUGUCGAAGAUGGCUAGUAAGCACCAUCCGUUCCUGGCGCAAGCGCGUUCGGGCGUCAGUACCCCAGAUGAUCACAAAAUCCAGAACAACACUGGCUACGUUGAAACCGUAUUCGAGGACAAGAAAGUACAGGCUGAGAAGGUUCAACAGAUUCUUGAGCAAGAAGGAUUUAUCCCUCAAGAGCUUAUCCCCUCAGAAGUCGGUUGGUUCUAUGAGAACCUUGGUAUCGAUGACAUGUACUUUGAACGGGAGUCUGCGGAGACCAUUGCGAGUCACAUUCUUGCUUUAUACGGUGCCAAGAUUUCCGAGUACACGAACAAUACUGGUCACAUCAAUAUUGAUCUUCAGAAGAAGUCUGAAAACUCUGCUGUCUUCAUCCAUUCUAGUGAGCCAGGUGUAAGCAAAGCCGACGGCAAGAACUGGGAGCGUACGAUCGAUGAACAGUAUCUGAACAAGUCAAAUGUCGACUGUGCUUUCCGUCUAGAGACCUACCGCUCAACAGGAAGUGGUCCAUCAGGGUCGCCUGAACAGCUUCGCUGCUACUUCUUACAGAAGUGCGAAUUCGCACAGCCGGUACCGGAAAAGGAUUCGAAAGAGUCCCUGGAUAUCCGUGCUGUGUCAGACCAAACGUUUUUGACUAAGGCUAGUGAAAACACCUUGUCCAUUUACCAGGGCGUUAUGGAAGAAGCAUUGCGUCGCGAUGGUCCUGUCAUUGAAAUGUUUGAAGUGAUGGGCUCUAAGGAACGCCGUGUUGUCAUUGCUUCUCGGAUGGGUGCUACGUCCAACUUCUUUAGCGCUGUUUCGGACCUGUACCACUUUUAUGGCCUAUAUUCUUCGCGCAAGUAUGUGGAGCAGUUCAGUAAUGGCAUUACAAUUCUGUCUCUUUACUUGAACCCAUUGCCUGGCGCCAACUCUCCCCCGAUUGAGUUGAGCAUUUACCAGAUCCUGAAAGAAAUCUCUUUGAUCUUCGUAUUGCCCGAUAACCCUUUCUUUACGGCAAGCGAGUCCAAGUCCAAUCAUGCUGUCCAGGAGGCCACAUACGCAUAUGUGGGUUGGCUCUUUGCUCAACACUUUUGCAAUCGUCUGGGCUCGGCCUAUGAGGCUCUUCUCAAAAUUAUUGAUGAGAAUGAUGCCCACCAAGCCGCUGUGCUGAACGAUAUCAAGCUGCGUCUUCGUGAAGAGACAUUUACUCGUCAGUCUAUCUUUGAAGUCAUCGAACGCUUUCCUCAUGUGGUCCGGCUACUCUAUGUCCACUUUGCGAACAUCCACUAUCCCAUGAACGGUGGGGAGCAGACUAUGCAGACUCUCAGUCGUCAGCGUUUAACUCGUGAAACACUCUUGACAGAUGAGCAAAUGAAUGAUUACAUCAUUAAGAGCGCAAACAACAUGCAUGAGCGCUUUGUGCUCCAAGCUCUGUUGGCCUUCAACAAGUCGGUUCUCAAGACGAACUUCUAUACUCCAACGAAGGUCGCUCUAAGUUUCCGUCUGAACCCCUCUUUCCUGCGUGAAAGUGAAUACCCAUUGAAGCCUUACGGUAUUUUCUUCGUGGUUGGUUCCAACUUCCGUGGUUUCCAUGUUCGAUUCCGCGAUGUGGCACGCGGUGGUAUCCGUAUUAUUCGAAGCCGUAACCGAGAGAACUAUUCCAUUAACCAGCGAACUCUGUUCGAUGAGAACUACGGUCUUGCUCGUACGCAGCACCUGAAGAACAAAGAUAUUCCAGAAGGUGGUGCUAAAGGUACUAUUCUCCCUAAUGUGGAUGCCGAUCCGCGUCUGUGCUUUAUGCAAUAUGUGGAUGCUCUUCUUGAUCUUCUUAUCAAGGGCACGACCCCUGGUGUGAAGGAGGAGAUUGUUGACCUUGUUGGCAAAGACGAGAUCCUCUUUUUGGGUCCGGAUGAGGGUACAGCUGACUUUAUGGACUGGGGUGCUGAGCAUGCACGCUCGCGUGGGGCCCCCUGGUGGAAGUCAUUCACGACUGGUAAGCCUGCUUCCACAUUGGGUGGUGUCCCUCACGAUGUCUUCGGCAUGACAUCCUUGUCAAUCCGCCAAUACAUCUAUGGUAUUCUGCGCAAGCACAACCUUCGCGAGGAGGACAUUACCAAGGUUCAAACAGGUGGCCCCGAUGGUGACUUGGGUUCCAAUGAGAUUCUUCUGUCGAAAGACAAGACGAUUGCCAUCAUCGACGGAUCUGGCGUGGUCCAUGAUCCUCAUGGUCUGGAUCGUGAAGAGCUAGUGCGUCUUGCUAAGGCACGGAAGAUGAUUUCCCACUUUGACACCAGCAAGCUCUCGAAGGAUGGCUAUCGUAUUCUGAUUGAAGACCGCAAUGUGAAGCUGCCUUCCGGUGAAGUAGUGGGUGACGGUGUUGCUUUCCGCAACAAGGCUCACCUUAUUUUCGAGGCGGACUUGUUCGUGCCAUGUGGUGGACGCCCUGAGUCCAUCAACAUUUCCAAUGUUCAUGAACUGCUCACCGAAGAUCUCAAGUGCCACUAUAAAUACAUUGUGGAAGGUGCCAAUCUAUUUAUUACUCGUCAGGCUCGCUUGGAAUUGGAGAAGAACAGUGUCAUUCUUUACCCUGAUGCCAGUGCCAACAAGGGUGGUGUGACGUCGAGCAGUCUGGAAGUGUUGGUCGGCCUUAGUCUUACGGAUGAAGAGUACAUCUCGAAUAUGGUCUUCAACGAUGGCAAGCCCACGACGUUCUACAUGGACUAUGUUCACGAUAUUCAGGACAUCAUUGGCCGCAAUGCGAAGGGCGAGUUCGAAGCGAUUUGGCGCGAGCACCAAGAGACGGGUAAACCGCGAUCGGUUAUUUCUACAGAACUGUCAACGACUCUCAACCAAAUCUCUGAAGAUAUUGAGGAGACUGACCUGUACGACCAGGAGACUUUGCGUAAGGCUGUUCUUAUUCACGUCUUCCCCAACUCCCUUAUCGCAAAGGUGGGCUUGGAUGAGCUGAUUCGCCGUGUGCCUGCCUCUUACCUGAAGAGCGCUUUUGCUGCCCAAGUCGCUGCCAGCUUUGUCUAUGCCAAAGGCCCAAGGGCCAGCCACGUGGACUUCUACAACCACAUCAACCAGCUUCUGAAGUUCUACGAAUAG